CUUCCAUCCAAAGUUGUCGGAGUUCCUUCCACACGCUGUUGUCAUCAUCCUUUUAGUGUUUGCCUUCUAAUUCCGAGCAGUAAGAAGAGAAGAAAAGUAGAAUGGGAAGGAACGGAAGUCCUGCUUCUUCUUCACCGCCUGCGUCACUUGCGUGCUGCAUGUGUGGUGAUGCCGGGAUCUCCGAAGAGCUUUUUCGGUGCAAAGUCUGCAAUUUUAGGCUUCAACACAGAUACUGCAGCAGUCUCUACCCAAAGUUCGAGAGAUACAGCACAUGCAACUGGUGCUUGAGUGACGAUGGAGUCAAGUCUGCUGCGCGAGAGUCCACCAUGGAUCAAGACCGGUCUCUCUCUUUCUCCACUAAUAGCACCGGGCGAGGUCUGACAGUAAAGCUGCAUGGAGGUGCAACUUCACAGCACCUCAAGAAGGUUCUCAACAAGCCUGUGAAGAAACAGCAAACGCGUGCGCACGAGAGGUUGCUGCUGCCGGCUUUAACUAAGACAUCGAGAUUGGCCUUGCCCUUACCGAGCUCGAGGAAACAAAACCAAGCCUUUAGAUGCAGGGCUAGGAAGUUUAAGCUUUUGGAAGAGGUGUUAACGUAGACAGAGCAAAAUACGGCAAAUCAUUACGUGAUGUGCAUGUGUACUUCAUGUAAGCAGAAGCGGUUCAUGCUUUCUUAUGGUUGAAGGUAGAUGAAGGCAUACAAGAAAGUGUACAGAA